AUGAUUUCGUCCACGCAAUCCGAAAUGCAACCUCUCAGCUCAUCACCAAUACUAAUUGAAUCCUCUUCAAUAAAUAGUACAACUAUCACUAACGAACCAACGAAUAGUACAGCUAACACCUCCGCACAAGAUUCCAAUAACAAUACAUCACUUUCGAAUAGCCAUUCCCACCAACACCAUCAACCACAACAUGCAUCGUCAUCAACAACAACAACAACAGCAGAUCAUCACAAUAAAAAGAAUGAAAAGGGAGAAAUCAUCUACAAGGAAAAGAAAAAGAAGAAAUUCGAUGCCACCCACUACAUGGCUCUCUACGAUGAAUUGAUGGCAAAUUUGGAGGCAAGAGAAGUUUUCUCAAAUUACUUAAAGAAGGCAUGUACACAGGAGCCAAUGUUGUUUCUGAAUGAUUAUGGAAAGUAUUCGAAAGAGUAUGCCAAGUAUAGGGCAACAACGAGUACUAGUAAUAGUAGUUCACAACAGGAUGUGAGUUUGAAAGCAUGUAAAAUUCUAUUCGAUUCGGUUGGUGCAUUGAUUGAUUUGUAUAUUAGACCAGGAAGUGAGAGAGAGUUGAAUUUACCAAGUUCAAAUGUGGUGCAGAUUUGGGAUCAAGAAAUUGUUCCACUCAUGCAAGGUCACCUUCAAAAACAAGAGAAACAAGGGAAGAAAGGAAGUGAAACUAUGGAAACUAAACUAUUAGAAAGGUCACAAUCAGAGUUGAGUGAAUCGAGUAUUGAAUCUGAAAUGAGUCAAUCAACUAUGAAAUCACUUACUGAUUUGUUUGAAAUGUUGAAUCCUGAUGUGUUAUUCGAAAAGAUUAUCUUUUCAGUCAACUUGGAUUUAAAGAUUGAUCAAUUUCCAAGAUUUAACAGAUCGAAAGAAUUGUUUGAAUUUCUCAAUUUACAAGGUGAAGCAUUUACAAGACGUAUUGCAGUUGAUAUUUCAAGAGGAUUCAAUGUGGAUAUUCGAUACAAACCUAAAGAUUUGACAAAGAAUUAUAUUUACGAUAGAGACAUUUAUUUUGGAUUGAGUUUGUUAGAAGAUUCUCCUGAUUGGCAAGCUAUGAAAAAUUCCAAAUCUUCAUCAAAAGCUCAGAUGUUUCAUUCGAAAACUUCCUAUGUGUUCGAUAGUGGCAGAAAGAAUGGUUUGAAACUCUUCAAAAUUGUUACCUUGUUACCAUAUCCAGUUGAAGAUGUUUGGAAAGUAUUUAAGCAUGUUCAGGCCUACGACCUCAAAGGAACAGAAGUUACUGGCAUUGAAACACUUGGUUAUCAUGAGCCUGGAACUCUUGGAAACCCCAAGGCCUCACAAUCAGCUCUUGCUUACUUUACAGCAGAUGAGGAUGAUGACGAAUCUAAACUCACCAAUCCUCUGGUGGUCAGAUAUUGUACCACUUGUUUGAAUCUUGGACCAACGUUUAAGAAACGACAAUUUCCACACACUCAAAGCACAGUAUUUGAUGAAGUUCUGGAAGGAUAUAUUAAUGUGGGACAUACUGCACCACUAGCCUUCCAUCCAGUUCCAAAAGAAAGAGUGAUGGUUGAUAUUUUCUUUGUCUAUUUCAUGUACAGAGUUGGUAAGAAUUCAACAAGGUUUGGACACAUUAUUUACUCUGAUGUUCACUUACCAGAUUGGCUCGAUAAGUUAGUCGCAAAUCCAACAUGGAAAAAGAGAUGUCUCAGUAUGGAGGAAACAAUUUUGAAAGUUUUGAAAGAAAAAACAGCUAAUGGAACGAGACCAAUUGGUGAAAAUGAAUUGACCGAUGAAUAUUCAUAUCAGAAACAAGUAGAAGACAAUAGAAAAAAGUAUCCACAUAGAUCAUGGUACAAAGACUAUCUAUCAAUGUUUCACAAAGAAGACAAGCACUAA